AUGUGGCCCACUCCCAAGGUUGCCUCCCUCCUCUUAGCGGCGCACGCGCUGCUCGUCAGCGGGUCGCCCGUCGAUGCCGACGCUGUGGAUGCUGCCGUCCUCGCCAAGCGUCAGUGCCCGCAGAUCCACGUCUUCGGUGCUCGCGAGACUACCGUGUCCCCGGGCUACGGUACUGCCGGCCAGGUCGUCAACCUGAUUCUCGGUGCUUACCCCGGGGCUACUGCUGAGCCCAUCAGCUACCCAGCAUACGGUGACUCGGCGAGGCAAGGCACAAGCGCUGUGGCGUCGGCCGUCAACAGCUUCAACCAGAGGUGCCCCAACGCUCAAAUCGUGCUUGUCGGGUAUUCCCAGGGUGGUCAAAUUAUGGACAACGCUGUUUGCGGUGGCCCCGACAGCGGCUCCGGUAUUACUUCUACAGCCCCUCCCAUCUCGGCGGCAGCCCUCAACCAGAUUAAGGCGGUCAUCAUGAUGGGCAACCCGCGUUAUGUCGCUGGCCUGUCCUACAACGUCGGCACCUGCUCCGCUCAGGGUUUCGCCCCCCGGCCGCGCGGCUACGUCUGCGGCUCCAACUCGGCCGACAAGAUGAAGAGCUACUGCGACUCAACCGACCCCUACUGCUGCACUGGCAACGACGCCAACUCCCACCAGCAGUACGGCACCAAGUACGGCCAGCAAGCUCUUACUUUCGUCAAGAGCAAGCUCAGCACUUCUGGCGGUGGCGGCUCGCAGACGACGCCGUCCACUCCGACGCCUACCGGCGGAAACGGGGGCGGCAACACCGGGAACUGUGCUGCCAAGUGGGGACAGUGCGGUGGUUCGGGGUGGCAGGGGCCUACUUGCUGCCAGAGCGGCUCGACCUGCCAGGCUUCCAACCAGUGGUACUCUCAGUGCCUGUAA